AUGACAUCUAGAACGCUCCGUGCUCCUGUUCUUCCUCCCUCUACCACGGCUGCUACUAUUGAAGUCGGUUCCCUUGAUGUCAUCCCAGACAUUAAGGACAUCGAGCGGAAGCAGCAAGCCGCUGAAGAACUCCUUGACCAGGGAAAGAUCACUGAGGGCUCUGCCCUCACCCAAGAGGUUGCUCGAGACCUCCAAGGUUACCAGCAAUGGUGCUUGGCAGAGAAGGUCCGGCGCCUCAAAGCCGGGAUAGCCAUCCAGGAGGAGGCUAUCAGAUUGUUCCGGGGUCGUGGGACUCCCCAGAACACCUUCGUCUCCUUCGACGAGCUCUUUAGUAGAGCCGUCGAUGGUGAUAUGAAGGUGGACGGGGAGGCUCAUGACCUCCAGCUUGCCGGGCCUCAAUUCGAGAGGCUCGCUAAAAAGAUCCGGGUGACAGCCCAGGUCCUCGAAGCAGUCUAUCAAGACUACAUCAAGGACGCUGCGGCGGCUCAAAAAGACCAAUACGCGAGGUACUACCACGCAUUUUGUUUCCCAGUGUGUUUGAACCACCGGGUUUUUAGCCCUGCCGAGUUUAGGGAACUCGGACUCCGCUUCCAACUAGGGGAAGCGGAGGAGGGGGAAGCCAACGAGGGGGGGCACUAA